CGUUGUUGGAGGAGGGAAGGGAAGGGAGGGGAUCAGUGUGAGUUGUUCAUCACAGGUGGAUGACGAUGGCAAUGUUGAAGUCAGGCGUGUUGCAGAAAAUCGUUCAGAAUGGCGCCGCUGCUGCGGCUACAGCAGCCGCUCCUUCUGCGGCCACCACGAAGGCGAGCCACGGAGCGAGCUCUGAAGGGAACGGGGGCGGGCCAGGAAAGACGUCUACGCCGUCGACUAUCGUUCUUCAAGUGCUCGCCAUCACACCAGCACUUCCAGGUGACGACAGCUUCAUGAGCCGGACUUUUUUUCUUAAGGUCUCCGAUUCGCUCCAUUGUAUGUAUGCGAUGCUUGCUCAAGAGGAAGCUGACCUCAUCCUAAGUGAUCGUCUGCAGUUGGGGAAGCUUCUUGAGAUUCGGCACUUUCAGCCGCAUCCUUCUGUACCUGUUCUGCGAGGGGUUCGGCCGCUUCCCGGGAGAUUUCCAUGCUUUGGAAGACCUGAAGAGCUAGGACCUCCCCUCGAAGAUGUCAUUGCUGCAGCGGCAGAGCUGGGGUAUGGUCACAGAACGGAUGACUGUUGUGACGUUGACCUGCCAACGCCAUCGUUAUGGACAGAAGGCACGUUUCUGGGGAAUCUGCAGGCGCGAUGGCAUCAUCAGGAGCCAGUCAGGCGAAGCUCGGGUGCAAGGAUGGCGUUGUUGGCGUCCAUGGAGUCCCCUCAUGGGUCACGUAGUUCUUCAAUUGCAUCGUCUUCGCCUCCUUCCACGCCUCCGCGCACACCGUGCGGCACAAUGGCCAGUACACUCAAUGACCUGAGCCCUGUUCUCGUUGGCGCAAAGCGAAUGCAUGUCCCCUGCCCAGAGGAAAGACAGGUGCCUUAUCGAGGUGUCAAUGGGAACGACUCUCCCGUGGAGGAUGUAGUUUCGAAUACAUGCCCAGCGGACGACAGUGAACGUGAUGAUCUCAUCACGGUUGCGGAUAUCUGCAUAGAGGAAGACUGUCGAAAGGAGUUUGCGUGUGGUUCUCCCCUGCAGUCGCGACCUGAAUCUGUUCUGGACUGCCAUGAAGGUGGUCGUUACCUUUCGACCUAUGGGACGAGCACUAGUGAGGAGUUGCAGAGACAAAAGCCUCGUAGCAGUGCAAAGGUGUCUCCUGGUCUCAUGAGAGUGAGUACCGAUAGUCCAGCGUUUAGUCCAUUCAAGGAUGCAGAGUCUCUUCCAAAAUCUCAGCUCGGGUCUUCAAAGGUCAGGGACAGACGGCGUGUUGCUAGCUUUGGUGGCGAUGAAUUGGUGGAUACCCAGUGGCUGCAGAAGACCACUGACAGUCGUGGAUUGUUUCGCUCCUGUACCCCGGUCCACAACAGGAGGAGGAUGAGCGACGGUGAUUUCCGGGUGUCAAAGCUGAAGAUAGAUGAAGUGGCAAGCUUGCCCAUCAGAACGUCUCUUGAACUUGGAAAUCUCAAGAAGAGUCAAUCCUUCGGUCAGAGCAGGCCUUUGUCGCCCUUGUCUACUGCGAGCAUGACCAAUUUAGGGAGCAGGCAAACAGGGGCAGUGACUCCGAAAGGAAUGGAUGUGAACAUUAGGUGGGAAAACCUGCCUCCGAAUCUGGUUGCUUUAGGACAGGAUGUUCUUCAGCGUCGGGAUGAAGCAGUAGGUGCUGCCACAACAGCGUUGGAGGAAGCUGCGGCGGCCAACUCUGUACUUGAUGCUUUAGGGAAGUAUGCAGGACUUCGCUCUUCUGCGUCUUUGGAGCCAUUACAGCAUGGAGUGGAAGAUUUCCUUCGUCUUCAUCAGGAACUGGUCCAUGUGUCGGCUAUGGCCCUGGCAACUGCUAGCACGCUGCAGUCAAACUUCCCAUCCACGCCAAAAAUGGGAGACAAGGGUCUAACGAGCCCUUCUCGCUUGCCGUUCUCCAUGUCGCUGUCUCCGCGAGGCCAGCCCUCAGGUAAUGUGGCUGCUAAUCCUAACACCAACAUGGUUAGGGCAUCUGAAAGGAACCGUAAGGCCGCGGCAUGGGUCACUGCCGCCCUUGCGUCCGACCUGAACCCUCUUCCCGGAAUGAAUUUUUCAACACUCGGCGAUCCCGACAAGCAAGGACGACGGCAGAGCGGGAACAUGGCGUCCACCAAAGUGUUCACCCCUAGUGCGGACCGGAAGGUCAAGUCCAUGGCCCCAUGUGUGCUGGUGUCCGGCCCCCAACUGUUCUCUGAACAGGAGGGGGGCGAUAAGGAGGGGUCUGGGAGGCGGAAUUCCUUUGGAGGAAGGAGGGAUCCCAAAGGCCGUCCGCUGCAGGAACUUACGACACUCCUUGAGCCGUUGUCAAGGCGAUGUUCGGGCGCUGUGACGACUACCUUGGCGCCUGCGAGAACGCCAAAGUCGUCUUCGCGGAGUUCUAUAUCUUCCAUGGGAGGAAGCAAGGGUGGGGGAGGGGACAGGAGAGCGGGUGGAAGGAUUAUGAGCAACGAAGGUGUGGGAAGUGGGACGAUGGCGUCUCCCUGCAGCACUCCCAUGCAGUCGCCUCGCAUUUCUCUCACGCCAGAGAAAGAGAGACUGGCGGUUCACCGGGACAGCCCGACUGAUGGUCUUGAUGAGACAGUUCGUGUGCGAAUGAACGGGGGUAUGAAGGAAUGCGUUCAGGCAUCAAGUACGAGUGGUGGAUCGCCACAUCAUGUGUUCAGGAUGGGUGGGGGUGGGGAGGACAGCAGCGCGAGAGGAUGGGAGAGCAAAGGGGCCGGCCAUGAACAUGCAAUCGAUGGGGAUGACAAGGAGCAAGAUGAUGCGAAGGCUCCAUGGGAGUGGGAGGCUGAGGGCAAUUCAGCACUUGGCUGGGUGGCAGGGAAAGGUUGCGUGGAGACUGUAGAAUGUGCACUCGAGUUACAAAGGGAUGCCCAGGAGUGGUUCUUCUCCCGUGUGGAAGCCGCGCUUGACGAGGGAGAAAGAAGCCCCUCAACACCUGAACGAGCGGAAAGAGGCAGAAGGGGUGGCGUGGAUGGCGUGACUCUAGGGAGAACACAGCCUUGCACAGGACUACGGGACAGGCGGAAUGGGAGCCGGCUUGCUGACGUAUUCUCUAUCCUUUGUCGCUUGAACGAGUGGCUAGCAACGUCCGAUGAGUGGUCAAAUGAGGGGGGCAAGGUUGACUCCAGCAGUGUUUUGAGGCUUAAGAAGCGCAUUCGCGAUUUCGUGCUGCAUCAUGCUGUGGGAGCCAAGGGUGGGGCAAUGAGCCUACGACUUUGAGGAUCAGCAUUCGUCACCGUCGCCGUGAACACCUCGCUUGGUAAUGGGGCAACGAGCCUACGACUUUGAGGAUCAACAACAUUUGUCACCGUGGACAGCUCUGGCUUGGCAUGUCAUGUCUCCUGUGGCCCAGUCCCAAGGAGCGGGCUUCUGUGCUUGAGAGGUAAGCACAGUGGGCAAGAAGGUAAGAGAGGUGGAGUAACGGAGGGAGGGAGAAGAGUAAGGGGGAGAAGAAAACCCUUGCAGUUCUCAGUUGGCAUGUGUUCAAUUCAACAGUUGACAGAAGUAUUGUACAUUCGGCAAAGCCUUGACUCUAGUCUGGUAGCGGCUUGAUAUACUGGCUGCCCUUUUUUUUCAGUGGGCAGCCGCGUGAAGGCUGUCCUCGUUGAGACAGCUCCCAGGGCCUUGGUCUAGGGCUCGGUAUCAGUGUGCUAAGGCCGUUACAGAUACCAAAUCGAUGAAUAACGGUUAGUUCGGCAAUGGCGAAGAACUGACGUAGAUAGUAAUGAAGGAGAGCAAAAUGGGAGUGGGGGGGAGGUUGGCGAAGAGGAGGUGGAGUAGGGAAGACUCACGGCUGGGAAGAUGAAAUUCAGAGGUAACUUAACCUAACUACACUACACUUGUUAUUAUGGAGUUAAUGCUUCCAACGGGGGGAACAUGCAGCCAGAACCAUGGCGAUAUAACGAGUGUGCUCGGUUAGGUGAUGAAAGUAGUGCCCGAGGCGUACACAGGAGAUCCAGUUUGAGGCCGUUGGAUGGAGGGGAGGGAAACGUGCACGGAUAGCGAGAGAGUUGGGAACACUGCAGAACCUGCUUGAGGCAGUGCUGGUCGUGUUGUUGGCUGUGUCGACAAGGCUGCUGUCGCAAAGGGGGUCUUUGAGCGGUCCUGACGCCCUAGCGGACCACUUCAAGCGGGGCCUUCUGGCCUUCAAGGGGGUCUUCGAGCGGUCCUGAAGUUGUCGGCUAGUUUUGGUAAGAAAAGGAGGACGUGUGGCAAAUAUUCUGGCUGCUUUUCAGUCCUGACGACAUGGUAUGGCCACAUAGACUCGCAAAUGCAGUGGCCCGGCGGAGGAUACCGGUGUUCUUGGGGACAACGAGUAGGCGCUGAAAAGAUGUGGGCUGUUUUUUUUGUUUUUUUAAUCAGAUGUAAAGGAGGAGAUACGGAUUGAUGUGGUGCAGAAGGAAUGGAGCGAGCUCUGCUCGUGCAUAACGUGACGUGACCCAGAUGAGAUUAGAAUGUGAUUCCAGAGCCUGGCUGAGCGAACUUCCCAAUGGAUGAAGAGCCUGUUCUUUUAUCCCUGUCUGUGUGCCUUGCAACAGCUGGGAAGAAGUUGCGGGGAAAGAGACGGCAGGUUGGUGCAGAGAGCGUGGAGCUGUUUGUGGGUUUGACCACUUGUGAAAGCAUUCGCUGUUUGUUGUUUGUUGUGAUGUUGCUCGCCUCUGAAGCGAAUGGAAAUAGCGAAAGGUGUUUUGGUGCAACUUGUGAUGUUUUUCGUUACGUGUUCGGCAUCCCAGAGGCUGACUGCUUGCUUUCGUUGAUUACGCAUUUGUUCAAAAGUAAGGUGAUUGCCCUUUGUGAUGCGCGAGCAAUACUCUGUUAUUGCCCUUUUGAGAA